AUGGAUAACCAGACUACCCAAGAUCAAGAGCAGACCCAGGGUCACGAGCAGAAGAAGGACAAGCCGCUCCAUGAACUCCUCACUCAAUCGCUCGUAGACAUCUACGUCGGUCCCGAAUCCACUCACUGGACUAUCCACGAAAGGCUCCUCUGCUACUACUCGCCUUUCUUCUCAUCCAUCUUCUACGCAGACGACAAGAACGAGGAAAAGAAGAAGCGAGGAAACAAGUCAUAUGGAUUGCCCGAUGAAGACGAUUAUCCUUUCGAGCUGUUGGUUGGCUGGCUCUACUCCAAGUCCAUUCGCGCUCCUUCGACGGAGAAAGACAUUGGUCCACUGCUAGAACUCUACCUCUUGUCCGACAAGUUCCAAAUGAAGACGCUUUCAACAGCCGUCGUCGAGCAUGUCCGAGAUUUCUACCAUAACACCUCCACCUAUCCUGGACUUCGAAGAGUGCAGUACAUUUAUGCCGAGACCGAUGAAGACAAUGAGAUGCGCGAGAUGAUGGUCUCCUCGGUGGCCCGUCAAUUGACCACCGGCGACAAGAUCCCUAUACACUGGGCUGAGGCACUACAACGCAACGGACAGUUGGCCGUCGAUAUCAUCCGAGCAAUUCAACAGUGGCACAUUGAAGAACGCAGCAUCCCGGACGCCAGAGACGCCAGCGAGGCUCGAGGCAGACAUGCGAACGGUGGCGGCUUCAGCGCAAUCGAACGAGACAACGGCGAAUCAACAGAAACGGCCGACACGAACCUAGGUGUCGAGAGCCUGAACAGUGGAGCAAGUGAUGCGCCUGUGAAGAGCGACGCUGAAGAGUAA